AUGGACAGGGGAAACUGCUCCUCCUUGAGUGAAUUUGUUUUCUUGGGAAUCACCAAUAACGCCGAUGUCAAAACGAUCCUUUUCACCAUGUUUCUGCUUGUUUACCUCAUCAAUCUUCUGGCGAAUCUUGGAAUGAUCAUGUUGAUUAGAUUUGAUUCCCAGCUCCACACCCCCAUGUACUUUUUCCUCAGCCACCUGUCUGUCUGUGAUCUUUGCUAUUCCAGUGCAAUUGGACCCAAGAUGCUGGUGGACCUCUUAGCUAAGAGGAAAUCAAUUUCCACUGUUGGCUGUGCUCUGCAAUUCUUCACCUCAUGUAUGUUUGUAGACGCUGAGUGCAUGCUGCUGGCGGUGAUGGGCUUUGACUGGUACAAGGCCAUCAGCAGCCCCCUGCUGUACACAGCCCACAUGUCCAGCAGGCUGUGUGCCCAGCUCCUGGCUGGGGUUUACCUGAUGGGACUGGCAGAUGCUUUAAUAAACACAAUAUUUGCAUUCUGCUUGUGUUUCUGUGGGUCCAAUGAGAUUAAUCAUUUCUUCUGUGAUGUCCCUCCUCUCCUUCUACUAUCUUGCUCGGAUACACAGGUCAAUGAGUUAGUGAUAUUUAUCAUCUUUGGGUUUAUUGAAUUGAGCACCAUUUCAGGAGUGCUGGUCUCCUACUGCUAUAUCAUUUUGUCAGUCUUAAAGAUCCGCUCUGCUGAGGGAAGAUUCAAAGCUUUCUCCACCUGCACCUCCCACCUCACUGCGGUUGCCAUUUUCCAGGGAACCAUGCUCUUCACGUACUUCCGGCCCAGUUCUUCCUACUCCCUAGAUCAGGAGAAAAUGACCUCACUGUUUUACACCCUGGUGAUUCCCAUGCUGAACCCUCUCAUUUAUAGUCUACGGAACAAGGAUGUGAAAGAGGCCCUCAAAAAGGUAAAAAAGAAAAUUUGGUUUUAA